CACGUCCUGUCCUAGAUCAAAACAAAUCAUCAGUCGAACAACAUUCCACAAUCGCCGGCUGUACAGAAUAGGCAUUUUUGCUAGUUUCUCGAGUGAGCAUCAUGAGCCCCAAGCCGCGCAAACCCUGGCGGAAGAAUCUGUACGAGAAUUCCGACUACGAAGACAACUAUACCGACCCCAGUUUCCUGCAGGAGCUGAAGACGAACUCGAAUCUGCAAACCUACACCUUCCGGGAGGCGUUCCUCGGAGCGUCGCGCCUCAGUCAACAGAUUUCGAUAGUGACUACUUUUCUGGUAAUCUUUCACUACCUUUAUACGGACGCCGUGAGUCCGCAGAACAUCCUGCUGAAGGCCCUGGGAGGAACAAUCGUGGGAUAUCUGAUUUACGCCGGGCGUAAUUUAAGGCUGAGCCACGCAAUUGAGGACUCCAAAACGGCCUUGGCCGUGUUGGUGUUCGGGUACAUAUUCUCACCGCUGCUGCACACCCUAUCGGACAGCAUCAGCACCGAUACCGUCUUCUCGAUGACCUUCUCCGUCCUGGUGCUGCAUUUGAUCUUUUUCGACUACGGCGUCUCGGCGGCCAUCGUGUCCAAGGCCAUCUCGCUGAAUGCGGCUAUUUUCGGGGCCAUCUGCUUGGCCUCCCGAUUAUCUUCCUCCUUCCACGCGUUCGUCCUGCUGGAAGUGGCCGCGGCGUACUUUGCCCUGGGACCAAUACUGAUGGCCAAGGUCUUUAGCCUGCCGCUUUUGGGGGCCACGAUUGCUGUUUGUCUUUACUUCCUGCUGUCGAUUUCGAUGGCCAUCUUCUGGACCUACGCCUGCAUACUGGUGUUCGUGAAUCUGUUCUGUCCGUGGCUUUUCGUGCGGUUGCAACGGCACAAGAACAACAUUCACGGACCGUGGGACGAGGCCAUCGUGGGGGAUUUCAAGGAGGAUAGCAGCGUGAGUAGUCUUUGAGGAGGGGUACAAGGAAAAUAGAUGCUUUGGGUUAUAUAUUGUGAUCUAGUCAUUAAAUUCAUAGUUCAUUAAAUUGUUAAGAAAUUUCGUACCCCUAAUAAUUAUAUUAAUUUUAAAUUGA